AGUACCGUACGAUGGCGGGCAUGCUGAUCGACACCACGCCGGUGGACAAGCCCACGCACAAGAUCGGACACCUGGACCCCGACACCGAGUAUGAGAUCAGCGUGCUGCUCACCAGGCCCCUGGACGGCGGCACGGGAAACCCCGGGCCCCCCCUCAGAGCCAGGACCAAGUGUGCAGAUCCGAUGCAUGGCCCGCGGCGUCUCGAGGUCGUGGACGUUCAGUCCAAACAGGUGACGCUCCGCUGGGAGCCGUUCGGGUACAACGUGACCCGUUGCCAUAGUUACAACCUGACGGUGCAGUACCACUACAGGCCUGCGGGGGCCGCCAGCAGGGAGCCGGUGAAGGAGGAAGUGGUGUACGACAGCCUGAGCGCGGCGCCGCAGCACGCCGUGCGUAACCUUCCACCGUUCACCAACGUCAGCCUGAAACUAGUGCUGAGUAACCCCGAGGGACGCAGGGAGAGCCAGGAGCUGCUGGUGCUGACUGAUGAGGAUGUUCCCGGAGCUGUCCCGGUGGAGUCUAUCCUCGGUAGCAGCUAUGAGCAGCAGAUCAGUCUGAGCUGGAGGGAACCGCUGCAGACCUAUGGCGUCAUUCGCCAGUAUGAGAUCUCCUACAAAGCCCUGAGCUCCUUCGACACCGAGUUCGAUCUGUCCAAUCAGAGCGGGAAAGUGUUCAAACCGGCCAAUGAGACGAGCCAUGUGUUCACGGGCCUGUACCCCGGCUCCACCUACUCCUUCACAAUAAAAGCAUCCACCGUGAAAGGCUUCGGCCCACCAGUCAUCACGCAGUUCACCACCAAGAUCUCAGCUCCUCUGAUGCCGGCGUACGAUCAGGAGUCUCCUCUCAAUCAGACCGACUCCACCGUCACUGUACUGCUGAAACCAGCACAGAGCCGCGGAGCUCCAGUCAGUAAGUACCAGGUGGUGGUGGAGGAGGAGCGCCCCCGGAGGCAGCGUAGAGGCAGUGCCGAGAUCCUGCGCUGUUACCCGGUACCGGUCCACUUCCAGAACGCCACCGUGCUCAGCUCGCCGUACUACUUCAGCGCCGAGCUGCCGGUCGGCGAGCUGAGAGCCCCCACGCCCUUCUGCAUCGGUGAUAACCGGACCUACAGCGGUUACUGGAACGCUCCUCUGCUGCCUCAUAAGAGUUAUGCGAUCUACUACCAGGCUGUCAGCACGGCUAACGGGGAGACAAAGAUCGACUGUGUUCGGGUGGCCACUAAAGCUGCUAUAAUCGCCACCCAGCUCACCACGCCGUACAUUCGCAUCGCCCCAGCAGCGGGCGACAAGCAGCUCCCAGGAGCAGCGACGAGGAAACCAGAACCAGAACAAGAGAAGCAGUCGGAUCACACGGUGAAGAUCGCCGGGGCCAUCGCCGGCAUCCUGCUCUUCAUCAUCAUCUUCCUCGGAGUCAUCCUGCUGAUGAAGAAACGGAAGUUGGCGAAGAAGAGGAAGGAAACUCUGAGCUCCAGACAGGAAAUGACUCUGAUGGUCAACAACUCACAACACGCAACGAUGGUGGACACACACUCGCACACGCUGAACGGACGCACGGUGUCAUCUCCAUCCUCCUUCACCCUGAAGACCAACACCAUCAGCACCACAGUCCCCAACUCCUACUACCCAGAUCCCUUCGUACCGACGGCCAUUCUGGUGCCCAUUAAUGGCUGCUGUGUGGCCCCCCCUGCAGACGACAGCCACACCAUGACGAGCGAGACCAGCAGCCUGGUCCAGUCCCACUACAAGCAGCGGGAGUCUGAGCGCGAGGCGCCCCCCUACCAGACGGGACAGCUGCACCCGGCCAUCCGCGUGGCCGACCUGCUGCAGCACAUCACGCAGAUGAAGUGUGCCGAAGGCUACGGCUUCAAGGAAGAGUACGAGCUGAACGAGAGUUUCUUUGAAGGACAGUCCGCUCCGUGGGAUUCAGCCAAAAAGGACGAGAACCGCAUGAAGAAUCGCUACGGAAACAUCAUCGCCUAUGACCACUCUCGUGUGCGUCUGCAGCCUCAGGACGGAGAGAGCGGCUCCGACUACAUCAACGCCAACUAUGUGGACGGUUACCACAGACCCAAUCACUACGUAGCUACUCAAGGUCCUAUGCAGGAGACUGUGUAUGAUUUCUGGCGGAUGGUUUGGCAGGAGAACACCGCCGCCAUUGUCAUGGUAACCAACCUGGUCGAGGUGGGACGGGUGA